UGUAAACUCAAUUGUACCUACAUUGCAGUACCGCUAUCUGCAGCUCUCACUUUCACCGCACGAGCUUCUCGGCAGCCGCUGUUGCCUCUUAUGCCGUCGAGUCUUCUAAGCAGAAGCAAGGCGCCCUGCGGCGAGCGGUAGUCCUCCCGGGUAGCGUCCUGGAGCUCCCGAUGCUGACAACCCCACCACCCGCAGCGACAGAUGAACCAGAGGUGGUUUCCGUAACUUACAGUCACUUCCUCGCCGGGAAAUACGUCCCGUGUGGUGACAGCCACGACAGUUAGUUUUUUCCGGUCUGCAUCACGUGGAAACGGGCGCACGGGUUGCAGGAGUAGCUCAGAAGGCGUAGUUUGCUUCCGGCGUGGAGAGCGUCGAUGCGGACAUGUUUGAUACCGGUAGUCUUUGUCUUCAAGCGUAGACGAUACCCUUCGUUAGCUGGUCCGCUCCUGCAGGGGGUACCGAAGUACUGCAGGUGCCCAAAGUACUCGCCAAUAACCUCCCAAGCAGAUAUGGCUCCCCUCGUGACUACGCCCCGCAUGCCGGUGCGGACAUUUCGACAGAUCUCCAGGACAGAACUCUCACGACGCGAGUUGCCACACUCCCCCAUGAAGGGGCAAUUACCGGCAUUGCAGAAGCGACUUGACAGCGCGUUGAGGCAAGUAUCAGCGAGGCAACGAUCCUCCCAUCCGCAGCCCUCCCCUCCGUUGAUGCCCAGGCUGACGGCCGGAAACUUUAAGUCCUGGGGGAUUGUACUGAGAAGUGAGAAAAUCACUUCCAGUGGCCAUUUCUCCGGCUGCCACUCGUCUCGAGCGGAAUCAAGAGAUGUGUCCCCAAGGAGCUCAAAACCAGGAGAGCUAGCAGCUGAGGCCAGGGAAGGACAAGGGGUGCUUUCAGGACUGAUUUGGACGGAGUACAGAUGAUGGUAACGGCGGCCGGAUUGUAUCCUUCAAAACCCGCGUACUCGUUGUUCUCCUCAUUACUGGACUGGCUGGAACUUCCUCGAAUUGGUGCAUGGAGGCGGCUCCCGGUGAAAGUGUCCCGUACUCGAAAGCGCCCGAGUGCUGGAGAAGGAGCGGCUAGAGAAGAGGCGUUCCAAGCUUCAGAGAUCGUAGAUACGCUGGACGCAACCUCGUCGGUCUGGUCGGCUUCCGGGAGUGUGUUCAAUUCGAGCUCCGACAGGGGGCGAACUUGAAUUGUCUCCGAUUCGGGUACGAGCGGGUGGGCGAACGAACGCCCCGAGCGCAGCCACGGCAUCGACCUUCCAGGCCAAAUGGAGAUAAGCGGAUCACCUCCACGUGUUCGAGUGCCCGUGGCUCUCGACGUCUCACCCGGCGAUGUUGAAAUGUCACCAUGUUCGCAAUCAGAAGACAGCGAAGCAUCUGGAGCUCCAGAUACCGUGUUUUGGCGCUUAGUGGCAAGGGGUGGCAGGCUUCCUCCAUUAAGACGGCUUUCAACAUCAGGAGAUCUUGAUCUCUUCAUCAGGGUAUCUAGAUAUACAACGCGUAAUAUUAGUGCAGCCCGAACAAGUAUAAAGUAAAGACACGGAGCUUCACCGUAGAAGUCUCUACCCUGCUCGUCUUGCUGCAAGCACGAGAGACUUCAGCUCGAACGCCCAAAUUUCAAAAUGUACAUGAAGAAGCGAGUUGGCGCGCGAUUUUCGCGCCCAGCGA